UUUCAUUUCAUUUGUGUUGAAGCGAUUCUUCUUUUACUCUAAUAAAGUUGUAAACAAACGUUUUAAAUUACAAAUAAUUCUAAUAUACAACUUAGUUCCAGUAAAAUAUGUACUUUACAAUCAAUCAAUAAUCGCAAGGAGCUAAACUAACCUCCAGUAUACAUAAAAGUACGAAUUGAAAAUUAGCAUUAUGCUAAUAUAAACUUUUUAAUAUGUAAAUAUAUUAUUACUAAAUUGUAUUUUAACCAAGAAAAAUCAUGACUGCUGCCCCAAUAAGCACUGCAAUUGAUAAUCUCACAGCUGCUUUGAAAGCUAAAAUUAUUCCAAAUCAAGAAUACUUUUUACAAGGCUCAGUACUUGACAAUGCAGUUGAAGUCUUACUUCACAGGCUACGUGGUCUUUGUGACAAUGUUGACACUGGUCCAGAAACAUUCAAUGAUCAUGAAAUGUGCUUUAGUAUAAGAAAAGCUCCACCACCGGAACCACCUUUAUUCUUAAGAGUAAGACGAGCAUUGGAUUACCAAGAUAUGCCAUGGCAAUUAAGGUACAUUGGUCAACCGGAAUUAGGAGACAAAUCUCAACCAACAGUUGUUCGCAGCAGCAUAGAUGUUGCAACUAGUAGUACAGUUGUAGAUUUCCUCACAGAAUUAGGAUGUAGAUUAGACUUUGAAUAUAUGAUUAAGGGAUAUAUGUUUAGAAAGGGUAGGAUGAAAGUGACUGUAUCAAAGAUCUUUAAAAUGAAUCAAACUGGAAAGCUUCCUGAAAGUAUGGAUGCUCUGUCACAGAGUUAUCUUGUUGAAUUGAGUGUACUUGCACCAAGCGGUCAGAAUGCCAUUGCUGAAGAUAUUCGUGUGUUUGCAGAACAGUUGAAACCACUUGUGCAAUUAGAAAAAAUUAGUUAUAUAAGACAGCAUUAGUUUGCAAAAGAAAUAGAUUUAAUCAAGUAUUUUUAGGUAUUAAUUGUAUAUUUUUUUUGAAAAUAGUUUCCUGUCAAAAUAUAUCAAUUUUUUACACAAACACAAAUCUGCAAUAGCAUCUACUAUUUCUAUUUCUCUAAUAUUGUUUUGCCAUAAUUUUCUUUAUCAAAUUAUUCUGUUAAAAGAAACCAAUAACAAAGGUCAAAUUCAUAAACAAAGUUUCCACAAAGUGUAGCUUCAACUAGUAGGUAUUUUGUACCUGUCCAACAUCUGAAUGUAAAGGUAGUUUCUAUUAGUUGACAAUUCAAUAAAUUAUGUACCACUAUGUAAUAGCAUUACAAUAAUAGUGAUGAUAAAAAUGUCUAAAAUUUUAUUUAAUGAUAAAAUGUAUAAUGAGAUUAUUAUUUGUAAAUGAAUAGUUCCAAUUGUUAUCGUUUAAACAAACAACGAAAAAUUUCAUAAUUAACUAAUAAUUGAACCAUUUUGGAAAACUUCACCAGUCGUCAUUCCUUUGAAUGAUUGCUUGAAUUAUGCUAUCACAGUCUUGUGAUUAUCCCUUUGGUAAUAGUGUUUACGAUCAGUUUAGCUAUAAAGUGAUAAGUUUAUAGUCAUCAUGGUAAUACAAAACUUUCAUUGCAAAACUCAUUCAAUCUCUUUGCAUUUCAUUAUUUGGGAAUUAUAUUGAGCUUUUUACUUCUCAUUAAAAAGUUUAACAAAUAUCUACGAGUACAUAAAACUUUAUUAACAGCAAUGUUUUAUUUAUUUACGAAGCAGAGUUUUGCAGUAUGAAAAAAUUUGCAAAUGAAUACUUUAAAAGUAAUGUUAUUUAAUAUUUAUUAAAUUAAUCAUGCAUAUCAUUAAUGCAAGCAACUGUCGUAUAUGCAUAAUUAAUGAAAGUGCAAAAUACAAUGCUGCAUCUAUUAAAUAACGUAAAGCAUUUUUAUGAAAUUUAUUUAUUUUGUUUAUUUCAUUCCAUUUUCUAUUGUUAAAAGGUCUUAAAGGA